AUGCUGUAUGCAGAUGUGCACAGGGAUGCAGUACACGUACGCGGGGAUGCUGUACACAGGGAUGCUGGAGGCUGCAGUUCUGCGUCAGGUUCACGCCACAGUCGCAGAAGAAUGAGAGGCAGCGCAGCGCCCUGUGCCAUUGAAGAAAACCAGCUCGGAUGGCUCUCGGGUGCUUACGGCAUCCCCGCAGGCGUCAGAAACGAGCCCGUUGGCAUCGGGUUUUCCUUAUAUCCUGCUAAACCCCCCCGAAACGGGCGCGACCACCCCCUUCCCCACACUGGAGGAGGAAACCGAAAAGCUUCAGCCGACACCCGUGGCCGGUGGCUCCUCGCCCUCCACACCGUGACGCAGCUAUUGCGUCAGAAAACAACAAGCAGGGCGAGCGUCCGGCAGAGGGAAGCAGAGCCCGCCCGGCCCGGCUCCCUCGGCUUCGGGGUUUUGCGGCGGGGAGAGCUCACCCACGGCUGUCCCUGGGGGCUUCUCCUCCUCACCCACGGGGGACCGGGUCCGUCGGCUCCGGCGCUCCGAGCGUCACCGUCGGUAGAAGUUGCUGACUACAGUAAAAGCUUGCUGUACAUCCAGGGCAUUGUUCAUCGAUACUGGCAGAUAGAGAGGGCAAGUAGUCGAGACAAGUUUUUGAUCCAUGUAUCACUUGAGGAGGAUCAGACGAAGGAUGAGGUGUCACUCUCCAUGUACCACCAGUGCCAUGCACCUUGGUCUAAAGUUGAGCUCGCUCUUCGGGAUCUUGCUGCUCCUUCCCCUUUGAAGGAGGAAACGAGCAGCGCAUGUCUAGCUGUGUAUCGGCUAGAUCUUUGGGUAUAUUAUAUGAGCUUUGGAAUCUAUUUAUCCAAGAAUAGAUUAACUGAGGUUCCUACGGAGUUGUGCCAUUUUGUGUCACUGGAAACACUAAAUCUAUACCACAAUUGUAUUAAAAUUAUCCCAGAUGCCAUAGUAAACUUGCAAAUGCUAACUUACUUAAAUCUGAGUCGAAAUCAGCUUUCUUCUUUGCCAGCUUGCCUGUGUGGUCUUCCUCUAAAAGUCUUAAUUGCAAGUAACAAUAAGCUAGGUUCCCUUCCAGAAGAGAUAGGUCAACUAAAACAGUUAAUGGAACUGGAUGUCAGCUGUAAUGAAAUCACAGCUUUACCACAGCAGAUAGGCCAGCUGAAAUCUUUGAAAGAACUGAAUGUCAGAAGAAAUUACCUCGAAGUUUUACCCCAAGAACUAGUACAGCUUCCCUUGGUAAAGUUCGACUUUUCCUGCAAUAAAGUGCUCGUGAUUCCAAUUUGUUUUAGAAAGAUGGUGCACUUACAAGUAUUACUGCUUGAGAAUAAUCCUUUGCAGUCUCCACCAGCACAAAUUUGUACAAAGGGUAAGGUGCAUAUAUUCAAAUACCUAACUGUACAGGCCUGCCAGAUUAAAACAGCAGACUCACUGUAUCUUAAUGCCAUAGAGCAACAGCAUUUGCCACAACCUGUGGAAGAGAGCAUUGAUGACAUCUACCCAAGUAAAAAGGACUCAGAUUCAGGAGUUGGUAGUGAUAAUGGCGAUAAACGUUUGUCAGCAACAGAGCCUUCUGAUGAAGAUACUAUCAGCUUUAAUGUUCCAAUGUCGGACAUCGUGGAAGAAGAUCAGGUUGUAAAGGAAGAUUCAGGUCACCAUGCUAACUCAAGAAAAGUGGAAUUCCAUCAAGGAUCUUCUCACCUGAUUGUCAAUGAUAAGUCAAGAGAAACAGAAAACCAGUUUAAUGAAUCGGAUACUCUUACUACUGAAUUUAUGAGUUACAUUAAGAGCAGAGCAGCAGAAUGCGAUGAAUUAUUGAGAAUAGAAGAGGACACACAAUGGCAAACAGACGAAAUAAUAAACUUAUCAGAAGACCAAACUAUUGAUAUAGCAAUGAUAGAACAACUAAGAGAAGCAGUAGAUUUAUUACAAGAUCCCAACAGCGGUCAAAUGCAGAUGGAGAUGUCUUCCCUUGGUCAGAGAGAAAAUGCUGAAGAGGAACUAGAAUUUCAGAGGAGGAGGGAGCUGAUUAUGGAGAAAGCAAAGUCUGAAGUGAGAACUUGUGAACAGGGUGAAAAAUGGUCAUUGAGUCAGAAUGAUCUAAUUGUUUGGAAUACAAGUGGGCAAACCUCUCACAAUGAGAACAAGGAUAAAAGUCCGACAAUGUCUCCUACUACAAACACCACGAUCCCUUUUGGCCUGAAGCCACGAUCAGUGUUCUUAAGACCACAAAGAAAUUUGGAAUCAAUAGACCCACAAUUUACAAUUCGAAGGAAAAUGGAGCAGAUGAGAGAAGAGAGAGAGCUUGUGGAACAGCUACGUGAGAACAUUGAAACAAGACUAAAGAUUUGUUUGCCUGAAGACUUGGGGUCUGCUCUGAUGGAUGGUGUAGUUCUCUGCCAUUUAGUAAAUCACGUUCGUCCUCGGUCUGUAGGAAGUAUUCAUGUACCUUCACCAGCAGUACCUAAACUUAGUAUGGCCAAAUGCAGGAGAAACGUGGAAAACUUUCUGGAUGCAUGUAGAAAACUGGGGAUACCAGAGGAGAAGCUCUGCCUACCACAUCACAUCCUAGAAGAAAAGGGCUUGGUAAAAGUGAGCAUAACAGUUCAAGCAUUGCUAGAUGUAACCACAGUGAAACAAGCUUUAUUCACAUGAAACUACUAUCUAUCUCUGCUGUUACCAGCUCCACUGUGCCAUCAAAGAAUCAAAAUCCUGCCCGUCUUUUCAAACUGCAUUGAAAAAAAAACCCCAAAAAACCAAACCAGUGCUCCAAGAGUAUUCUUAUACUUGUGAUUUUAAAAUCAUCUUUCAGACUGUACAUGUGCGUCAAACUACAAAGCAGAAACUAAACCGAAACAUUUGCUAGAGCAAACGGGCGCUCCACUGCUUUUAUAGCUCACUUUGUAAAGUACUUACUAAAACAGCCACCUCUCUGCCACUUAAAAAUGCGUGGAGUUCACAGCUGUCUUGCAGCAAGAUACCUUCGUAUUAUUAAACUAAGAAUCACUGUAAUCAUCUGGGGGGGAGCAGGGAGAGUAAAUCAGACUUCUACCACGUUAGGUUUUUCUGCAGUUGCUUCAGGCUAUUGCCUUUUAAAAAUACUCGGACGUAAAAUAUUUAUAUAUUAUUUAUUAGUGAGUUGUUAUUCAUCCUUUGGAUGCAAAAUGUAAAUUAGGAAACUGUAUUUUAUUACUGCUUUUUUGUGGUUAAACACUUUAUUUUAAUAUAAAUAUUUAGUUAUUUUUUAUUCCACUUGGUGUGCAGUAGCUCUAGAUCUCCGUAAAUUGUAUUUUCUAAUAUGUAAGAUACAAAGCAAACAAAAUAGGUGCUUUUAUUAAAAGAACAGCUAGCUGGAAUGGCAUUCUUUAUUUCUUGAAUUUGUGGAACAUUGGUAAAAAUUUGUCUGCAUUCCAUUGAGUUCCCUACAUUCCAGUAGCACUUUUCCUCCCACUAGACUAAAUUGGCUGAAGCUGAGAGCACACCCAUUUUAUUUGUAUAUAGAUGUUAAAAAAAAAAAAAGAUGUAAACUUGAAAAAUAAAUGUGAACAAAUAUUUUUGAUUGCUUAUUUUACUAUGCACAAGACAUUUAACUUUUGCCACAACAAAAUGAAUGAUGUGUAUUAGGAUCAUGUGUCUUGAAAUAUAAUUUUGCACUGUAACUUGAUUUCUUUUAAAGAGUACAGCACUACAGAACAAAUAAUCAAAAAUAGCACAAGAAUAUUACUAAGAAGAUUUACCAAGUAAGUAGCCAAAAAAUUUUUAUUGUUUUCUUUUCAAUGAUUCCUUUGAGAGGAGAUAGAUAGAUAAAAUUCUUAAAAUUGCCAAAGGCAGUCUCAAAGACCUGAUCUUCCAGAUAGAACCUGCUGGGUACAGUGCUUCUCCUUCUAAUCUCCGUCAUCUCCCACAGAAUUAAGCACAAUGUUCUGUAGUGAAUGUUUGCAGGAUCAGACCUCUAAUCCCACAUCAGCAAUAGGAAAUAAGGUUCUUUUUCUUAUCACAACUUUAAAUUUCUUGAAGAGAUUUUUAAAAGCAUGAUUUAUUGUUAAAACAUCCCACGUUUUAGAUCAAAAAGUUCCAGCACAGCCACUCUCGCAGUAUCUGGACCAUCCAGUUUUCUUUCAUAGGAGAAGCCAGUGAUGGAACUUUGGCAAGCAGUUCAGGAAAGCUGCAUGUGGCGAAAAGGGCGAGCUGCGAGGGGUCAGCGGUGCGUGCAAAUUCGAGGUGCGUAAUGACAGAAAAGAGGCAAGGUGGUGGGAGGACUGAAUAUUUAAGCAAGAGAAGGUGGAGAGAACUAUUGUAUAAAGACUUUUUGGAAGAACGAUGCAUGCUUGUCACUGCUAUGUAUCCAGGCAAAGUUACACACGUGUUCACAGACACUGCAUUUAAAACCACCAGUAUUCCACUAGCAGAUUUUAGAGUAUUUGAAUGCAGACUAUGCCUUUUAAUACCACAAAUUGCCAAUGUGCUGCUAUGUAUUGACAGCAACGUGUCAGGAAAGUGGACUCACAGACAGUGAAACAUGUAAGUAUGCACAAAAUAUCCAGUUACUUCAACCAAAGCAAAAGCGUUUCUUUUACAGAGGGAACAUUGACUUAAAUUGUAAUUUUGAUUGGCAGCUAGCAUAUUGUUACCUAUAAAAUGUACUGUGCACUUUAACACUAAAUUAAAAUGUAUUUUAAUAUUUUACAGAGCUGCACAAAUACCUGUUUUGUCAAAAAGCACGAGCAAUGUAAAGAAAAUAAGUUUUCAAGUCAGAGUUUAUCAAAUUUUAAAAGCAUUCAAAGAUCAAGUAUAAAAAUAGGAAUAUUGAUUUCUGCAUCGUGAGGGAUAAAAUGCAGGUUUCCUGAGUAUUUUUUUACAAUGUAUAUAUGGCAACAUGAAGCUUUGUAAUUAUUAUUUCGACAAAUCUUGUUUUUUUCAUAAUUAAAAUUUUGGUUUUUUCUCCCAGUAGUGUCUUUCAGUAUUUGCUUGAAGUUGGCUGUAAAUAAAUAGCUCUAAAUAUUUUGUAAUACAGCUUUUUUAUGCAGUCUUAACCUGUACGGCUAAAGAGAAUCUUCAUGAAUCUUUGUACACUAUUUAUAUGUGCAAUAAAACAUGCAUGGCAAAUCUCUAAUACCCUAAGCAGUGAACAUAAUGUACAUAGAAAAUCUUUACUGUAGUUACAAUUAAACUAUAUUAUUUG